CAACUGUUUUUGUUUGACAGUUUUAUGUUUUGACACUGACAGCUUGCCAGCUGACAACAUGUCAGUAGGUUCCAUUCUACAAAAAAUAUUUUUAUGAGAGAUUUUAAAAUGAUAAAUAAUUAAAAAUUUAACUCAAAAUAAUGUAAUUAGGCUAAAGCUUGAGAUAUUUUAUAUUCUGAGGUACUUAUCUUCUAAGUUUUCCUGAUUAUUACUUUCAAAUUUUGAUCUACAUCAAUAUCAUAAAAAUUAACGUUUCGUUUCUAUUGAUAACUCGACAGAGCGCAAGCGCGCAUUAUUUCGAAAAAGUUAAAAUGUCCAUCGAUGACAGGUCCUUUCUCUGAUGUUAAUUCGUAAUUAUUAAUUUAUAUUUCUGUAGUUAAUGUAGUUUUAAGUAGAAUUUUAAGUAAGGUCCGUAAAAUGUUAGGGGCACGAUGUAAAAAGGGAACAAAAAGGAGCGGAUAUCGCUUUUUCCUUAGGAAUUGAAAUGUUUCUGCAGGGUCGCGUUAUAAUUGUUUGGUUAUCUUGGCUUAUUGGCGGCGUUUGCGGAGUUGUUAUUUUGUUAAUAAUUAUAUGCUACUGUCGCCUAAUGCCGCGCCACCAGAAAUCUUUUGAUGAACAAUAUCUCAAAGAGAACUAUGCAAUCAAAGAAAAUCAUGCUUAUACGAGCCAGGAAAAUUAUAGAAUGAAGCAUACAGAGGUGCAGGUGCAGCGGCACAGCCGGCCGGCCAGCUACGCGGGCGACGCGGAGUGGCGCCGCAGCCGCGCGCCCCCGCGCCCCGAGCGCCCGCCCGCGCCCGCCCAGCAGUACGCUUCUAGCACCAUGCUGGACGAGCUGGACAGCGCGCAGAUGGACGCGCUGAAGACGCGCUCGCUGCCCGCCUUCCUGCGGCCCAAGCCGCGCCCGCUGUCCACCGAGGACGACCUGCAGCAGCUCUACGCCAAGGUGAACCUAAGCAAGAAGUACAAGAACCGUAUGCGCAGCGAGCACGCGGCCAUCAUAGCGCUGAGCAAGUCGCACAGUCAGUUUUUUGACGCUGACGCCGUCAUCGUCUACGACCAACGCACUGCGCUCUAAGCCACGCCUCCUUUGCGCCAUUGCUACUGGCAGUCUACAUCUGAAAUAUACUGCUGAACGUAAGUCUAAAAAUCACAAUAAGUACAGCAUGUACAAUAAAGACAACACCAUCGAAUCAUAUAGUAAGGGUUGACAAUAAAUAACGGCGAUAACUGAACCUAAUAUGUACUAUCCGAACGACAGCAAAGCAGGCUAAACACUGUAGCAUCUUAUAUCAAAGUAAUAGAUGCUAAUUUGCUAUAAAAAUAUACAGUGAUGUGCUAUUGACUGUACAGAGAAUGUCAGUCAGUUAGAUUUAAUUCCAUAAUUAUAGGCAAUAGCACAUAUUUUAAUAUACCACACCUGAUUAUCUUGAUGUGUGGUCGAAGAAUUAAGGUGUUACGCAGCUCUAGUUUUGGAUCGAUUAAAUGAGUGUGUUCUUAAAUCAUCUUUCGAAGUCGACCAAACUUAAUGUGAAUUUGGGUCCCAUAACGGUUAAUAAAUCUAUUACAUACUAUUAUAAUAAAACCUCAUAUUUCCAAUUGCGCCUACCGUUUGUAUCUAAGUUAAUAAGUAGUAAAUGUUAUACAAUUUUUACUAAAUUCCCGUUUUAGAAUAAGAUCCCUUUUUGGUGAUUUUGUUUCCUCUUUUAAGCCUAGGUACAGCUACCACCGACUUUUAGUCAGCCGAUAGUUGGGCCCGAUUUUAAUUUGUUUUGGCCGAUACCGGUGUAGUGUGCGCACUUCCAUAAGUACAUGUCCAUACUAAUAAUUAACAGCCCGACCCAACUAUCGGAAAACUAAAAAUCGGUGAUCUGCGCCUAGGCUUAAGCCACAUAUCAAUAAAAAAAACUAAAAUACUGUUAUAAUUAAGUCGUGAACGAAACGCACAGAACUCAAAUGAAAUGCGGUCCUAAAAUUUUUAGAAUAAGAUACUAAUUUGAAUUGUAUUUUAACUUGUUGUCCAUUUAGAAAUAUGUAUUUUGUUUACCCAAAAAUUGGCUAAAAUUUAUUGUGAUUGCAAAUUAUGUGAUAAAAGUUAUAACGAAAUUGUGGCAUAAUCUAACUAGAGUUCGUACAGUCGCGCAAAAACGUAAAUAAGUAAUUAUUUUAGCAAAUAUUAUUAGAUCAAUUUACAAAAACGUGCGACAAUUGCUAUUUACAAAAUGCCAAAGUUUCAUCUUUAUGAUUUUGAUUAUGUCGACUGAUAGCUAAAUUAAAAAUUACUUGAAUCGUACAUUAUGAUAUUUUAGUAGAAUUAGAGUAGUUUAGGCGUGAUAUUGCGAUUAGUAAUUAUUUUAGAGAAGUAUUAAAUGUAAGUACAAAAUUGUUUUAGUCCUUUUCAUGUUGUUGUUUGCUCACUAAUACUCGUUUGUUCGCGACUGUACACACUGCGCGUGCGCUCAUUUUUUGUACAAUUUGGUUGGAACACGAAGAUUAGCUGAUAUAGUAAAUCAAUUUAAAUUACCUAGUGGUCAUCAUAUUGUGUAUUUCUUGAAAAAAAUAAAUGAACCACCUAUUGUAUAGGACCACGAGGAAACAAAUCUGAUAUUCUUUAUCUGAGCUGGUUGUAGUUAAAUAGCGGGCAUUAUAUCGCUAAUUAUACAUCGUACCUAAGUGUAAUUACAUAUUUUCCUCA